AUGAAGGAGAUUGAGGGAGACUACUGGAAGGCCGGCUCCAACUGGAUCGCCCUCUACGUGUUCCUUGCGUGCCUCCCCAUUGUCGUCAUCACCAUCUUUGUCGUCAGCCACCUCCGCUACCGUCGACAGCUGAAGCGAGAGUCCGAGGCCUUUCUCCGCGGCACCGCCUGGACCUAUCCGCACACGCCGCGUCCCCCCUUGGGCAUGUCACCCGAGCCCGAGAAGAAAAAGGUCACACUGCUCCACCGUCGGGGCCGAAACCUGCUCAGAAUCUACACCGAGGAUCUCGAAAAGGAAGAGCGGCUGCGCAUGCAGGCCGAGCGUGGCACUGAGGCUGAUUUCAAGACUCCGACCAAGACUCCUAUCAACAAGUCGCCGCUCAAGAUGUCCUGA